CCGUGAAACCUGUCAGAGAGCAGAUGCAUGAAGACAAACCUCAGCACAGCGAGAGCCUGAACGACCGGAGCUGCUGUUCUCAGAUUUCUGAAGAGCAUCAUGUGCUGACAGACGUUCUUCACGGCAGAAAUCUGAGGCUCAGUCUGGCUCUGACGCUUUGGAGGAGAAGCACAGGAGAGCUGCUGUCUUUCCUUGAACGUCUGCAGGACGUCAGUGUGUUGGUCGACUGCUUACCUGCUCUGACUAGAAGCCUUCGGGAGGAAACGCUGGGCUUCUGUGUGGAUCUCUUUCCUCUGGUCAAGAACCUUCUUGAGAGCCGUUUUGAAGACUACAUCAUCAGCGCUUUAAUCUGGAUUCAGACGGCGCUGGAACGCUGGAGCUCACGGCUGAUCAAAGACAGUCAGUCGUCAGAUCACAGGAACAUCAGUGUGUUGAAGCAGCAGCUGCAGGAGCUCUGGACGCUGAAAACACGCCUCACAUCCGCCUCACAAACAACCGCCGACAUCUGGAAGGAUGUUGAGUCUCAUUUGGUUCAGUUCUGAGGAAAAACAGAUGAUCACAGAUGAACACUGAUCUGAAUCCUGACGCUGAUGGAUGACGGGUUAUCAAUCAUUUACUGGAAUACUAGCAGUUUACUGUGUUUAACAGUGUUUGAUUACAGUGUGUUCAUGUUCAGACUGCUAUCAAUCAAUCAAUCAAUGGAAAUGCUACUAAAUGUCAUUUCUUUAGCCUCAUUCUGAGUUUUUGCAAGGUGAUUAAAGUGUCUG